AUGACUGAUGCGUCUUUUUCCUCUUCCGGUGGAGCUCGAGGAGCUCCUCUACCCACGACUACUACAACCACCAACACCACCACCUAUUCCUCCCCAAGCAUCUCCUCCAUCCCCCGCCGCUCCUCUUACGCUUCGGUCCUCUCUGGCACUGCUGCCCUCUCGCCACAGGGCAAUCCUCCCUUCUCACAUCCGCCCACCUCCUUUUCAUCCUAUCCUCCCCCGCCCUUUCACCCCGACGUCCGCCUCCUCAGGCACUCCCUCGCCGUGGAUGCAGACAUGCAGAUGAACUCCUCCUGGAGGUCCUCCUCCGGUGACUCUCUUCCUCCUUACUCUCGGAAGUUUGCCAGUUUCCCGAUCUAUGAUCCUGUCCUUCAUGGCCCCGGUGGCUUCUCCGACACACCCUCUUCCUUCACACCCUCCUACCUCCGCAACUCCCGGUAUAUAUCGCGCCUCGACGCUGCUCACAAGGCAACACCUGCUUCCCAAAGAGAUGGAGCGCUAAAUCCUUUUCUCCAACCGAAUCUGCCCCGGAUUGCACCGUCAUACCGUGGAAUGACGUAUGAUAUCAUCGACCGAGAGCCAGCCGCCACCGAGGAAGACCAACCCAUGCCGCUUCCAUCCCGAUGGAAUGAUUCCGAUAAAUACCCUGGCCUAGAACUUCCGAAUAAUGGUUUGGAGGUUCGGUAUACCGGACCCCUCAAUAAGCACGACCAUGAGGCAGCCUCCGUCCGUGCAGAUCACCCCAUGCCACCACAGUGUGGGAUCUACUAUUUUGAGAUUACCAUUCACUCUAAACCUAAGGAGGGAAUGAUCGGAAUAGGAUUUUCCAGCAGUAAAGCAUCUGUCGAACGACUUCCCGGGUGGGAGCAGGAAUCUUGGGCGUAUCAUGGGGAUGAUGGUAAAUCCUUUUUUGGUGAAAGUCAAGGACAAGGGCGACAGUAUGGCCCAACCUUUGGCGUCAAUGAUACAGUUGGAUGUGGAGUGAACUUUUCAACUGGGUGUGCCUUUUUCACCAAAAAUGGCGUUUUUCUGGGCAAUGCAUUCCGGGAACUGAGAAAUUUGAAGGUCUACCCCUCGGUGGGAAUGAAGAAACAGCCGCCAGUACACCUAUCAGCCAAUUUCGGACAACAGCCGUUUAUGUUUGAUAUCGACGGCAUGGUCAAGAAAGAGAAAGAUGCCAUUCACUCCGAAAUUCGGUCGACUAGUACCGCCAAUAUCCAACCGCCUUUAGAUGAGACCGCUUUAUUACAAGAGUUAAUUGCACAGUUCCUAGCUCACGACGGCUACGUCGAAACCGCGCGAGCUUUUGCUGAAGAGGUUGCUGCGGAGUCUGGGGCACUAGAGAACGGCCGCAAGACGCAGCUCAAGAAAUAUGAAGUUGAAGAGGAUGUCGAGGCGAUCAACCGACAGAAGAUCCGAGCCGCCAUUUUGGACGGCGAUAUCGACAAAGCUCUGAAAUAUACCAACGCCUAUUACGCUAAUGUUUUGCAACAAUAUCCUCAGAUUCACUUUAAGCUACGAUGCCGCAAAUUCCUGGAGAUGAUGCGACGCUGUACGGAGCUGUCGGCGGCAUCCGCGAAGAAGGGCAAAGCUACUAAUGGAAUUUCCGACAGUAGUGCAGUAUUCGAUGAGGAGAUGGAACUUGAUGAGCAGAUGCAAGAUCGAGAUGGUUGUUGGGAUGGGGAUGGAAUGGACACGGAGGAAACAGAGGCGUCGGCCAAAUCCAAUGAGCUGUUGACCGAAGCAGUGCAGUAUGGACAGCAGCUCCGGAUUGACUACCCGACAGACGAAAACGGCGGGGACAAGAAGAUGCUGGAUGACAUCUUCUCGUUAGUAGCCUAUCCGGACCCGAAACGGUCGGUGCAUGGGCACUACUUGGACCCUGCUGGACGCGUUGCGGUAGCGGAGGAAUUGAACUCGGCGAUUUUAGUGUCCCUGGGCAAGUCAUCAUCGGCGGCUCUGGAGCGGCUGUACCAACAAACAGAAGUAUUGGUCAACGAAAUCAGUGAAGAGGGAGGCGCUGGGGCGUUUAUUAAUCCCGCGCUGCCCUGCAUUCCUCCUACCCACUACUCCUCUUCUACCACUCGGACGGACCUGCGCUGCUGUUGUGGCAGGGAGGAGUGUGCAUACCUCCAUACUAACCAUGUUGCGCUGGAGGGGUUGGAGAAGGAUCUUGAAACCGCUGCGAGGUUAGGUCAGGCUCUACUCCACCGCCAUGAAUCCUACAUGGCCGAGGCGGAAGAGGAUCGCCAAAGAUUACUCGUCAACAUUGAAAGCCUGGAGCGCGAAAAGCGCCAGGUGCAGGCGGAGAACGCGCGCAUGGUCGAAGAGAACCGCAGCCUAUUGGAGCAGCUCGAGGGGUUGAACAAGGCGGUCCUUGAUUCGGAUUCUCAUGCAAAGUGUCUUGCGGUUGCGCUGGAGAACAGCGAGGCCGAGCUGCGCGGGUUGACGGCGUCGGCUGCGCGGGCGGCGGAUCUCGAGGCCCAGCUGGCACACAUGGAAGCGGAGCAGUCGAAGUUACAGGAGAGCUUGUUAUUAGCUCAGGAGGAUUCGAAGUCAGCGGUGCAUCGGUGGAAGAAGGCGGAAUGUACCCUGCGCGACCUGCAUGAUCAGGUCGACCGGAUUGAGAAGGAAGCUCGCGAGGAGCGCGAUCGCCAUGCGGAAUUGGUUCAGCGCAUGGAGAGGAGGCGGGCUGUCGAGCGAGAGCUUGAUGGUGCAGCGGGGAGACUGAAGGGUGCAGCCGCCGCUCAGGAUCUGAGGCGAGAUGGUGGCACCAACGUGGUGUCGCGCUUUGUUCGGGAUAUUCUUCAGGACAAUGCCAACCUGCAGAUGGGGAUUAUGGAGCUGCGGGACAUGCUCGAUAGCUCUAACGAAGAGGUCCAGAACCUACGAGAUCAGAUUCUAUCCCACCAGCCUCUUAUGAUGAUGCCUUCUGAAACUGGAGAAACCCACGAUAUCCGGCCGUCAACGACGCUGAGCCAGGAAUUGGAAGCGAAUGAUUCGCGUCGGGUAUCACAAGAGUUUCACAUCCAUCAUCAUUAUCACACACCAUCCAUUGCGAGGAAAGAAAAGGGUACGCUGCUGCGACGAUCGAAGAAACGGCGCUCUUUGGGCAGCCCUGCGGUUCUUCACUCCGCCUCGGCCGGUCAGUCCUCUCGGAAGGCAAAACAUCGAUCACAGUCUUCUACGUCUUCUGCAUCUACGAUACUGUCCCAGACCUCCGUUUCGAUUCCGCCGCGUGCAUCACGUCGUUGGUCAGCCCAAUCGCCUGUGCCCCCAGAUUCUAUGGCCAGCUCGCCGCAGUCAGCUUAUCGGUCUUCAAUGUCUAUCUUUGACCGAGUCGAGCGUGGAUUUGAUUCCUCUCAACCCACCAGUCCCGAUAGCACAAUAUUUUCCUCGCCGUUGAGAAACGGCAGAUACAAGCCUGGUGGCGGGCCCUGGGAUGCAUAUCGAAUUUUGGACGGUGCGAAUGAUCCGAUCAGUGAUGAUGAGCUGGAUGGAGGUUCAAUCCACUCUGUCAUCCCUGAGGAAAUAGAGGAUUCGUCAAUGCCGUAUGGCGGAUCUGAGAGGGCCCGUUCCAUCGCUGAUAAGGAUGUGUUUGUUACUUCUACUCCGUAUCGAACGAUGCGCAGGAGCACAUCUCACGAAAGCCUAUUCUCGGUUGCCGGAAUGGACAUCCAUACUCCCAGCCAUCUUCCAUCAUGCAUGGUCGAUCUUGCAUCUGGCGCCCUGCCCCUGCGAAUCCCACAUCGCAUAAUGUCGUCUGGCACCGGCCUCUCCCCUACGCCAGCUGUCACCUCAACCAGCACUAUCACUGCAGGAAAGGAGCCUGCGAAACCCUCGGGCCAAACCCCGCAAUCCCUUCUUGCCUCAGUCGUGGCAACCAGCCAACUUCCUGUAGACAGUCCCGCCUCAUCCCUCGAUGACUCCUCAACUCCUACCCGACUGACCCUGAGCAGUCGGGUCGGUGGUUGGGUUCGCGGUCGCUGGGGCACAGCCCCUACAGCAUCGCCCACCCGCAACCUCGACUCGCUCACCGAAGAAGAUGUCCCGCAAUCCUCUGCUUCAUCAACCAUCUCCUCAGACCAUUCGCUCGCUUCUUCGGGACAGCAGCAACAUACCCCGGCCCAGCCCCUUCAGCCCAAACGAUCCUUCUCCUUGGUGCGAUUCCGCAAUCCCGGCGUAAACCAGAAGGGCCCGAUAAUGGGGUUCCGACUGCCGCCUCCGCCGCCUGUAUCUAUUCACGCGGAACAACUUGAUGAGGGAUUACUCCGGGAAAGUUUAGCAGAGUAA